AUGGCUCUUGGGGACUCUGCGUUUGGUGUACACGGUACUUUCGGGGUUGCUGCGGGCUCGAAACUGCUAUCGGGGGCUUGUUGCCCUACUAUGGACUUGGUGGCUAUUCUAUCUGGGGAAAGACUAGCUCUCUGGCGCAUGCAGGGCGGGAGCGUGUGGACCGCCGACGUGCACAACGUGAUCGACAUCGAAUGGAGCCCAGACGGCAGAGUUAUCCUCUGCGUUCAUCAACCACCCCGGGCCACCCUCUGGUCUGUACAUGAUGGCAAGCAAAUCGGCGAACUACUCGUCCCCAACACCGUUACUCGUAUCACCGGCGUCUGGUGGGUUGAACCAGAUGAACAACCGCCGAUCGACGAACUUGGAGACCUUAUGAAAAGAGGUCCCAAUACUCCGGGCUCAGCCCACUCACUCUUAGCACGUCUGCCCCUCCUGGAGCCUUAUAAGGAUCCUCUUCCGGCAAAACCAAACCCACUAGGCGCACCCAUAACCUUUGGUCUCCCCGACCCCAAGCCCACUCAAGACUGGCGUACGCCAUUACCCGUCGUGCAAAGGAUCCAGUCUCUACCCCCUUCGCCCAUUUCAGCAUCUCUCGCACCUACCGACAGGGUACCAACGCGGAAUAAGCCCACAAGUUCGACAACAAAGGAUGAACAAGUCGACCCGAACCGUGGCACCCUAGUUGUCAUCGCAGACUCAAAUGGGCUAGUCCAUCUCUUCCUCGAUGGAAGCUACGCCGUGGGCGAGGUGCGUGUUUACCCAUCAACCACAGCCGUGCGAAUUAGCGGCCUGUCCAAACGAGGCUCGAUCACUUCCUUUGGUGUGUAUGGGUCCGGCCUCACCUCUAGCAUGACGCGCUCGACAUCGCUGGCAUCCACCCUCGUCCACGUACCUCUUGCGACGACCCCGGAAACACACAAGGUCGCACGGGCGUCGUCGACGUUGAAAGCAUUGCUCGAAUACAUCCACCUCGGUGUCGAAGAACUGGAAAUAAUCUGGUGUGGUCGAGCGAAAGAUGGGCGUGGGGGUGUGAAAGACCUUGGCUCAUUUUGGGCAAAGAUCAUACUCGAGAAGGAACGAGCUCAUGCCGGCCGUAAGUAUAGCCCAUCCUUUGAUUCGUAUUGA